AUGCCCUGUGCUGCCUGCUGCCUGUGCUGCCCGUGCCUGUGCUGCCCGUGCCUGUGCUGCCUGUGCCUGUUGCUGCCCGUGCCUGUGCUGCCCUGUGCUGCCUGUGCCUGUUGCUGCCUGUGCCUGUUGCUGCCCGUGCCUGUGCUGCCCUGUGCUGCCCGUGCCUGUGCUGCCCGUGCUUGUGCUGCCUGUGCCUGUGCUGCCCGUGCCUGUGCUGCCCGUGCCUGUGCUGCCCGUGCCUGUGCUGCCCGUGCCUGCUGCUGCCCGUGCCUGUGCUGCCCUGUGCUGCCUGUGCCUGUGCUGCCCGUGCCUGUGCUGCCCGUGCCUGUGCUGCCCGUGCCUGUGCUGCCCGUGCCUGCUGCUGCCCGUGCCUGUGCUGCCCUGUGCUGCCUGUGCCUGUGCUGCCCGUGCCUGUGCUGCCCUGUGCCUGUGCUGCCCGUGCCUGUGCUGCCCGUGCCUGUGCUGCCCGUGCCUGCUGCUGCCCGUGCCUGUGCUGCCUGUGCCUGUGCUGCCCGUGCCUGUGCUGCCCGUGCCUGUGCUGCCCGUGCCUGUGCUGCCCGUGCCUGCUGCUGCCCGUGCCUGUGCUGCCCUGUGCUGCCUGUGCCUGUGCUGCCCGUGCCUGUGCUGCCCGUGCCUGUGCUGCCCGUGCCUGUGCUGCCCGUGCCUGCUGCUGCCCGUGCCUGUGCUGCCCUGUGCUGCCUGUGCCUGUGCUGCCCGUGCCUGUGCUGCCCUGUGCCUGUGCUGCCCGUGCCUGUGCUGCCUGUGCCUGUUGCUGCCCGUGCCUGUGCUGCCCUGUGCUGCCUGUGCCUGUUGCUGCCUGUGCCUGUGCUCCCCGUGCCUGUGCUGCCCGUGCCUGUGCUGCCCGUGCCUGUGCUGCCUGUGCCUGUUGCUGCCCGUGCCUGUGCUGCCCUGUGCUGCCCGUGCCUGUGCUGCCCUGUGCUACAUGUGCCUGGUGCUGCUCGUGCCUCGUCCUUGCGCCCUCGUGCGCUCUGCUACUGUCUGCGCCCUCGUGCGCACUGUUUCUGCUCUCCCCCCCCCCCCCGUUUGCGGCUGCCGCCACUCUGCAGAGCAGUCACCGUGACGAGGGGGUCACAGCGGCAGCCCGCCCCGAAAGACCCAGCGUGGUGUGUUGACGUGUCACCCAUGACCGUCCAUCAUGCGUCGGCGCUACUCGUAGCGGCCAUGGCGGCUCUUCUCCUUUGCCCCGCAGCACUGCCAGCGGCAGCGGACGCGUCCGUCGUGUUCCGCUCUUCCCGCAGCCUCUGUCUGCUCGCCCUUCCGCAAUCGUGGUUUUCUGGUGCGCAGCAGGCGGAACGCUCGCUGGUCGAGCAGGCCGAAGGCGGCGCAGGCGUCGUGCAAGGACCCACCGACAUGAGUGGCGCAGGCGAAGCACCUGGAGGCAGCGGAGCGACAGACCAAGGGCCCACCGGCGGCGCAGGCGAGGUGGUCGCCAACCAUGGACCCCCCGACACCGGCGCUGGCGGUGUUGGCGGCGCCGGCGCCUCCGAAGGUCUCGCUGACGCUGGCGGCGGAGGCAGCGCAGAGACGAACCAAGGGCCCACCGACGCCGGCCAGCCUGAUGCUGCCGCGGCGCAUGGCGGAAAUCGAGCGGAGCCAUCGUCGGGAGUGCGCAUGCGGGACUUGGUGGUGUGGCAGGCCGCUAAGUUCCAGCUGAAGGCGCGCGAAGCCCAAGGGCACAUGGCGGCCGGCAAGGCCGCGGCGGCCGUGGCGCAUUCGCGCGCUUCGGCGCUGGAAAAUGCGACAGGCGCGGAGGAUUGGUCCGGCAUGGCGCACAGCUGCGGGGAUCAGAUGGCGUUGGUGUCGGAGAGCGUGGAGGAGGCAGCGGGGAUGAUGGAGAGCGGCGGCGAGGACGUGAAUCUGCCGCGCAUCCACCUCUCCAACGCCGUCACGCUCGCGCUCGACUGCGCCGAGGGCUUCGACCUCUUCGCGCCGGGCAGCUCCAGCGACCCUCGCGUCAAGGCCCUGCAGGUGCGUGCCCCGCCCCUGCUGCUGCUCGCUGCGCACGGCACCACCGCCUGCCGUCGCUUGAUCGACUUGCCUCUUUCCAUUAUUCGUAAGGUACUCAUGGUCAUGUUGCACGCGGCUGUGCUGGUGUGCGUGCAGGAGGCAGCAAUGGACGCUCGGGCGUCGGUGAUGGAGGCGCUGGGGCGAGCAGCGGACAUGGCGGACAUGAUCGCAGCAGGCGACAACACUGCUGCUGCCGCCACCGCCGUGCCUUCGCCCUCGCCCACUCGCCGCCGCCUGCUGCAAACCACUGGCGCAGGCACGGGCACUGCCACCUCGGUGGCCGACCCCCACAACUCCAUCCCCGACACCAGCACUACUGGCACUCUCGGCAGCACUACUGGCAAUCCGGGCAUCAUGCCCGGCUCUGGCAGCGACACCUCAGCCAACAACACUGCUGGGGUCCCUGGCGUGCCCUUUAACACCACCGGCUGGAUGCACCCUGGCGGCCCCAGCCCUCCCCCGCCACCGUCCCCUCCUCCCUCUCCCCCUCCUUCUCCGCCUCCCUCUCCCCCUCCUCCUUCCCCCCCCCCCCCCUCCCCUCCUCCUUCUCCCCCUCCCCCUUCCCCUCCCCCUCCCUCUCCCCCUCCGCCAUCCCCUCCCCCUCCCUCCCCUCCCCCUUCCCCGCCCCCAUCUCCUCCGCCGCCUCCCCCACCUCCCGCCCCGCGCAUCACUCCCACGGUCACCGUGGCACAGGAUGGUUCCGGAAACUUCACCACCGUGCAGGUGCGUGUGAGAGAGUAUGCGAAUGCGUGUGUAUGCUUGCAGGAGAGCCGCAUUUUCCCUCAUCGCGUGCCAUUCCUCACUGCGUGUCUUGGCCUCGCCCUUACUGCGUGCCAUUCCUCACUCCCCUGGGGCGAGCAGGCGGCGAUCAGGGCGUAUCCUCCGGGGUUCAGGGGGCGCUUUGUGGUGUUCAUCCGGCCGGGCUUUUACCGUGAGAAGGUGGCCAUCAACUCCACCUGCAAGAACGUCACGCUGCUGGGGCUUGGCGCUUCCUCCACUGUCAUCUCAUGGCUCGACAAUGCCACAGCCGGCAUUGGCACCUUCCAGACCCCCACCGUCGCUGUGGACGCCAGUGGCUUUGCAGCAAUCGGCAUUCGCUUUGAGAACACCGCGGGGAAGGCUGGGAACCAGGCAGUGGCGUUCAGGCAGACGGGCGACAACGCGGCCUUCUACGAGUGCGAGUUCCUCGGGUGGCAGGACACGCUGUACGUGCACGGUGGGCGGCAGUACUACCGCAACUGCUACGUGAACGGGACAGUGGAUUUCGUCUUUGGCAACGGUGCGGCCGUGCUGGAGAACUGCACGUUUGUCAUUCGCUCGCACAGCAAUGCGCCGCUCACAGCAUCAGGGAGAACCAACUACACGGAGAACACGGGCAUCGUGAUCCUCAACUCCGUUAUCAAGGGUGACCUUGUCAACAAGACGUACCUCGGCCGCCCCUGGAGGCCCUACGCACGUGUGGCUGUCAUCAACACCACAAUCAGCAACGUGCUGAAUACAAGUGGGUGGCUGGACUGGGGGGGUGUAGUGUACAAUACUUCUACGUUCAUCGAGCAGGGCAACAGUGGGCCGGGGUCGGUGGGGCCGCGCAUAGCAUGGGCAGCGCCGGGCAUCGUGACUGACCCUGCCCAGGUCGCCAUGUACUACCCCAACAGCUUCCUCGCCCCCUUCUCCACCAUCGCCAACCUCAUUCCCUUCCCCUGGCUCUAG